AUGGAGAAGACAAGGUUCUCUCUUUUGCUAUUGGAACCAGGGGAAAUUUAUUUUGAAGACUAUAGUGCUUCUCUUUUUCCCAAUCAAGUAAAUCGUGAAAAUUUUGAAACCAGUCGACAAUUGGGUCGAAUUAAACUUUGUUCGAAAUCCCUGGUAUUCGAUCCUCAGGACUUUAAUAAACCCAUUAUUAAAAUUCCUUUACAAAAUUGUAUUGGAAUAAAAAGAGGGAAAAGACCAUGGGCAUCAGAAGAAGACAAUGUCAUUCAAAUCGAAUGUUCAAAUUAUGUUGAAAUGCUUGAAGAAAAUGUUAUUGCUGCAUAUAAAUUCAAGCAAGAAAAAACAUUAUUUUUAUUUCUUCUAAAUUAUGCUAAGGUUGAUGACUGUUUAUCACAUAUUUUACAGUUAUAUAGGGCUUCCACUUUGCCUCCUCAUGAACAAAGUAGUAUGAUAGCUGCUAUAGUGUAUUCUAGACAAUCAAGAGUUAGUUUUGAUGCAAAAUGGCUAGAAGACAUAUAUGAAAAAGUUAUUUGUGAAACUCAAGCUAACAAAAUAUCUCCUUUGGUUGUAAAUCCAGGUAGAAUCGUUUUAACUUGCUCAAGGAUUUAUUUUCAACCCUAUAAUAAUAUUGAAUCACACUCCGUUUUGAAAAUAGAUUUAAAAAAUAUUACAAGGAUAAUUUGUAGAAGGUUUUUAUUGAAACAAGUUGGCAUAGAAAUUUUUUAUAAAUGUUGCAGUAAAAGUGAGACAAGUCAUUUUUAUGUUGCCAUGAAAUCUAAAGAAGUUAGAGAUAAAUUUUAUGAAUCGAUUUUACAGCAACCUAAUCUUACGCUCACCUCAGUUGAACCAGAGAUUAUAACAUUAAAAUGGCAAAACAGAGCCAUUUCUAAUUAUGAAUAUUUAUUGUAUCUUAACAGUUUGGCUGAUAGAAGUUUCAAUGAUUUGACCCAAUAUCCAGUGUUUCCAUGGGUAUUGUCUAAUUAUAUUUCAAAAACACUUGACUUGAAGGACUCUAAAUCCUACAGGGAUUUAACCAAACCCAUCGGGGCAUUGAACGAAGAAAGGUUAGAAAGAUUAAAAGAAAGAACGUUGGAAAUGCCAGAACCGAAAUUUUUAUAUGGCUCACAUUAUUCAGCUCCAGGAUUUGUAAUUUUUUACUUAGUCAGAAAGUAUCCACACUAUAUGCUUUGUCUUCAAAAUGGAAGGUUUGAUCAUCCCGAUAGAAUGUUUAACAGCAUUGCAGAUGUUUGGCGUAACGUCAUUAACAACAUGUCUGAUUUUAAAGAACUCAUACCUGAAUUUUACGACGUAUCCCAAUCUGGUGAUUUUCUUUUAAAUACGUAUGGAAUUAAUUUCGGGUACAGAUGUAACGGAUCCAAAGUUCACGACGUUUCUCUUCCACCUUGGGCAGAAAAUCCAGCUGAUUUUGUAUCGAAGUUGAGAGAGGCUUUAGAAAGUGAAUAUGUGUCUUCUAAUAUACAUCAUUGGAUCGAUUUAAUAUUUGGUUAUAAACAGAGAGGAGAAGAAGCUAAGAAAGCAAACAACAUUUAUUAUUAUUUGUGCUAUGAAGGAGCGGUGGACAUAGAUUUGGUGAAAGAUUAUAACGAAAGGCACGCUUUGGAGGUUCAGAUAAUGGAAUUCGGACAAGUUCCAAAACAAAUUUUUAAGGUUCCACAUCCUCCCCGAUUACCACUUUUAAAUCCGCAGAGCAGAAUCGGGAAUUCGGUUUUGGAAGAGACGAGUUCUGAAAAUACAGAAAAGCCCAUCAAAGACGCCAUAUUGAAUUUGAGUAGGUCGACAAUAAUAGGAUAUCAUAAAGAUGUCGUUACAUCCGUAGCCAUUUCUAGCAACAAUAAAUUUAUUCUGUCCAGCAGCAAAGAUUCAACCAUUCGAAUGUUUGCGGCUGAAACGGAAAAACAAAUAAGAAGUUUUAAUUUGAAUAAUGUCGGGAUUUCCUGUUGUAUUUUAUUACCGGACGAUAAUUUGAUAGUGGCCGGAACGUACGAUGAUCAAAUUUUAGUUUACGACAUAAUGUUUAACAAGCUUAUCGAUUCGAUAAUUGCUCACGAGGAUACGGUGACUAGUAUUUGUUGGGGAUCCGUUUCACGGUGUUUGGUUUCGUCAUCCAGGGAUUGCACACUGAAAAUAUGGUUUAACAUUUAUCAAGAUGAUAAAUGGCACAGGUUGAAAAUCACUUCCGCUUUGAGAUUCGAUUUGGAUUCUCGAAUUACUUGUUCGGUUAUUAACGGAGAUAAUAGUUUGAUAGGGAGCGGAACAGAAGAUGGUGAAAUAAUAGUGAUUGACGUCACGAAUAAGAAUAAAGUAUUCAAACGAACGGCUCAUAACGGUCCCGUUCACGGAAUUAGUUUUAGUCCCGAAAAUGGAAAAUUAGUUUCCUGCGGAUGGGAUGGUUGUUUUAAAGUUUACGAUCUUUUAACCGGAAUGGAAGUUUAUUCGAAAUCAUUAAAAGCACAACUCACAUGUUUGGCGUGGAAUGGUUUAUCAUUGUUAUUAGGCUCGAAUUCUGGAAUUGUUUUCCUAUGGGAUCUCGUCGAAGUAAAAUUAAUAAAAGAAAUAGAAUGCAAAGGAAAUAAUAUACAUUGCAUAACCGUUUCCCAAAAUGGAAAAUUUCUCAUUCAAAAAUGCAUUUUUAGAAGUUAUCGAAACAGAUGA